GUCUGGGGAGCGGAUCCCCUAGAGUAUCAGGGUGGAUUCAGUAACUUGCCUUACGAUGAAGAUGCCAAGUUCAGUAGUGCUCUCGCCCCCAAUGGGACCGUUCAAUGGGGCGUUUUGGGGGCAAACACUACAAGCCCUAUGCCGGACCAGAGUAGGGCUGAGCUUAUCGUAAGGUUCCCAGAGGUAGAUUGGGCAUUUCUCCGGUCUGUCUACGGAUGGUCUGCUUUGCAGUAUCAGGCUUGGGUACGCGGAUAUCUGCAACUGAACGAAUUGACCCACCAAACAAUCGCAAUCUUUACAGAUGGCAUAUUGGAGUUGACUGUUGACGGCAAAGCACAUUUUGGUGGCGAUUUUUAUAGCUAUCAUAGCGCACCUCUAAUAUUAGACCUCGCCCCUGGAGAGCAUGUUAUAGAGCUGCGACUAAUUCGUGACGUUCGAGCUAUGGGGGGUCUGGGUGAGCCCACUGUACAAGUCGUACUCGAAGCUGAGAUACGCCGUGAAUCCCUGAGCAUUGACGAGCGCAGCCUUCUUGUACCAGAAACUACUAACAGAAAGCUCGGAAGUGCCCAGUUGUCAAUAAAUGUUCCUCUGGUGAUGGAGACUGCACUGCAAUUAUCACCAUAUCAAGCUCGGCCCCUGGUGUUUUGUUUCACAUCCACUGAUGCUAUGAAAACUAAUUUUUAUGUUAAUAUCAGCUACAGAGUUUCUCCAGGGGGUACUUUGAGAACCCUAUCCUUUCUGGUGGAACUUGUUGAGAAAUCUCUAUCACAGCCUCAGAGACUCACAUAUCUUCAUCCCGCCGGGAUAGUGUCUUAUGCCAUUUUGCGCCCGCCUCCGUUGAAUUCUGUUUGUACUGAUCAACAAAACAAUUCCAUGCCUGUCAUAGUAGCGCUUCAUGGAGCAGGACUCGAGGCAGACAAUAAGGAGGUGCGCGAGAUGUUGGAUGCUGCAUAUGGGGUAUGUGCAUGGAUGUUGUUUCCAAGUGGUGUUACUUCGUGGAGUGGAGACGACUGGCAUACCUGGGGAGUUGCGGACGUAAAGGCCGCCAUAAAUGCCGUUUCGCAAUGGAUAACCGCCGUUGGCUGGACGGGCCCUGGGAUAUCCUCGGAAGAUUGGAUUGUCGUUGGCCACUCUAACGGAGGUAUGCACUUAUGCGCUAUAAGGCAGGGUGCCUGGUUCCUCGCUACUCACUACCCUGAUAAUGUGAUCGCCGUUGCACCAGUAUCGGGCUACUCUUCAAUUGAAAAUUACGUACCAUAUAGUGUCUGGCGCGACUCCGAGCCUCUCCUGUCCGCUGUCCUUCAGCGAUCACGAUCUAGUUUUAAACAUGAGUCACUACUGGAAAACAUUGGUGGUAUCCCAAUUUUGCAGCAGCAUGGCUCAAAUGACACGAACGUGCCCGUCUAUCAUUCACGACUCAUGCACGAGUUGCUUGGAGAAGUUGGGUGGUCAUCUGAGUAUAAUGAGCUGCCCGGUAAAGGUCAUUGGUAUGCUGGAUUAAUGACGACGCCUUCUCUACUUGACUUCUAUGAGAGUUCCCUUGUAUCUCUCCCACUUAAGACUCCAUUGGCAUAUACAUUGAUUAUUCCAUCCUCCGGUGACGUGACAUCGAAAGGCGGAAUUUAUGUCGAUCAGCUUCAAUCCCCUGAUAUAAACGGUCUAUUGAAGGUCUCCAAAGACACCGAAAAUGGCGUUUGGCUUGUAAAAACGCGGAAUGUUCAUCGUUUCCAUCUUACUGCCACAGUCUGCCAAACACAAAGGCCGAUUUCCCUAGUGCUUGAUGAUACUCCACAUCGUUUUGAAGUCGACCCAGACCAAUGUAAUUCUACAUGGUACGUCAAAAAUAGUGAAGCGGAAUGGACAAGCUCGAGACAAUCUGGCUGGCAACAUUUAUCUCAAAGGUAUGGUCGGCAGGUGGGCGCUAUGGAUGCAAUCUUGCGCACCUGGGGGGUGUUUACGAUAGUUACGUGCUCCGCCAAUAUUGAUCAUAUAGCCCUUCAAAUCAGUCGUAAUCUCUUACAAUACUUCAAUGCAGACUCACGCAUAACCAGCCAAUGCCCCUCAAUCAACACUACUGGCCUUCCAGGACAGAGCACUAUCCCGGGAAAUGUUAUCACCCUCGCAAUAGGGGACAGUUUGCCAUCUGCAGCACUAUCGUCAUUCCCCAUUCGCAUCAAUGAGCGCAAAGUUUUUCUGUUUCAGCGCAGCGUUCAGUUUGAUCCGGAUCAAAAGAUUAAUCUUGACAUUGCCGGUAAACACCCACCUUACACAUAUGAUUAUGAACAGGGCCUAGGUGCUCUUUUUCUCCGACCUCUGGAGAAUGAAGCACUGGAGCUGGUAGUAUGGGGUGCCGAUUUAUAUGGUCUUGAGCAAGCUGCACGUCUUGUACCUACACUUACCGGAGCCGGUCAACCGGAGUUCUUGAUUUUGGGUGACAGUUGCCGCUGGAAGGGCCACGCAGGCUUGUAUGCUGCUGGCCACUUUGACAAGUUUUGGCAAAUAUCACCUGGAUCUUAUGUUAACACUGACAGGUAA